CUCUCUCUCAUUUAUGCGUGCGACUCUUUUCCACAGUGGUCAAUUAUAUAAAUAUUCGCGCUUUUUUAUUCUUGCUGAUUUCGGAUAAAAAUGGCGUCUGCUCUCAGUGCCGUAGGAAGUUUGUUCAAGAAAGUUGAGGAUUGGAAUUCUUCUCGUAUCUCCAAAGAUGAAGAUCAUAUCAAAAAAAUUAUUGCCAGAGAUGAUAGGGACGAAUUCUUUAGCUUUUUGAAUGAGUCUGUGGUGAUAAAUUCAGGUGACUCGGUUAUACUUAAGUUUGGUAAAUUUGAAUCAUCUCCUUACAAGCUUUUGGCAUGGAUAUGCCAUCACCGUGCAAUACUAUGUGCCACUGAAUUGGUGAAGGCGGGAAAGAUGGGCCUGGAAGUGGAUCUUAACAUUCCUAUCAACGGUGGAGCUUUCCCGCUGCAUGUAGCAGCUUCUACAUUAUCUCCCGCCUUGAUUGAGUUAUUCCUUCACCACGGAGCUCUGGCUGAUGUCCGAUGUAAUGCUGGCGACUCGGAGCACAAUGGGCUGCUCCCUCUUCAUAUAGCACUUGAAAGAGUUAGCUCUUUCACUGAAUGGACUCCUGUGAAUUCCAUCUUCAAGCUGAUCAUCAUACUUUGCCUUCCUAAAAUGAAAGAAGCAUUGGAGACUAGUAGGUUGCUUGCGUUGAAUACAAAAAAGAUCAAGGAUGUAGUUCGGUGUUAUGCCAAAGACGGCAAACUCAUUGAGCUGACUGUUUUACUAAUGGUAGCUCGGGAAAAGGUUAUGGAUCAAAUUACAUUUCAGGGCAUUCAUCUUUUCACUUCAACCGGACACAUGACAUUACGUGAAUGCGUCAAACAUGAACUCGCGAUACUUAUUUGUUAUGAGUACAAAUUAAUGGGCAGAAAUGAAGAAAAAAUGUUGUUUCAAAUAUGUAAGAAAUUUAAGGCGGCAAUGAUAUCCAUAAUACAGUUACUUGAAAUUUUUGAGACGGCUGGUGAUGCUAUAGAGACAUAUCUUCAGUCAGAGCGAACUAAUGCGCCAAAAGAACAGAUUGUCCUGGAAGUUAGUGGGCUGCUUAAAAAAUUGGGCUCAAUUUGAACCCCCCGAUUCUAUAAUUUGAGCAAGAUAGUUGACUGGUUUUUUACUUUUGCAUUCUAUUUAUUUUUGUUUUUGUUUUUCUGACCUGCUGAUCACUUCAAAGAAAAAAGAAAAAAAAAAAUGAAGACAAAAGGUAAACCCUCAAAACUUAAGCAUACUAAUGAUGCUACUUUGAUUGCAACAGUUGCCCGGCCAAGCUGGUCUUGGAACACUCGAGUGACACCUCUAAGGAAGAAAAAGGACAAUCAGAAGAGCCUGUACAAUGUGGAUCUAAUCAGAGCGAUGUCCGUGCAAUGUUUUCACGACCAAAUCCAACAUGUGGUCUGCCAAAUGACAAUUGGAGGUUACUUCUUGCACGCUUCUCGAAUGGGCCCUUAGCUUUAUCUUCUUCUAUCCGACCAUUGCAUGUAUUGUGGAAUGGGAAACCCAACUUCUGUUCAGGGUUUCCUAGAACUGUGGGAAGUCAAAUGAAGGAAAGAUUUAAAGGAGAAGGCCAAUGUGUGCAGAAAUUUUCUCCAAACAAGUUUGUAUUAGCAGUCAAGAGAGGCCUAAGAUGUGUGUGACACUCUCAAAUGAGAUUUUUGCGGGUAUAAAUGAUCAUUCUUGCCUUUCUAAGGUACUUGACUUGCAAGCUUCCUCAAGAAUAAUAGGAACCAUAUGAAAAUCCAAGCUCGAGUUGGUCGAACAAGCUGGCCGAGCUCAAUUUUAUUUAGCCCUAAAGUAGUGAUCUUGAGGCUGAGUUUGAUAGCUAUGUGAAAGUCUCUAAACAGUUUAAUUAUGGGGAAAAAAAAAAAAACGAA